AUGUCUCCAAGAAAGCUUCUUGUUCUCUACUUCUUAUGGAUGGUUCUGUCCAUGGCGAAAUCUGAGAAUGUGGACUUCACCUUCGACUCCUUCACGAUCCGGAACCUCACCUUCCUCGGCGACUCCCAUCUCCGAAACGGCGUCGUCGGACUCACCCGAGAGCUCGGCGUCCCUUCCUCGAGCUCCGGCACCGUCAUCUACAACACUCCGCUCCGUUUCCACGAUCCUGACUCCAACACCACGGCGUCCUUCUCCACCCGCUUCUCCUUCUCCGUCCAAAACCUCAACCCCACCUCCUCCGGCGACGGCCUCGCCUUCUUCCUCUCGCCCGAUAACCAAACCCUAGGUAGCCCCGGCGGGUAUCUGGGCCUUGUUAAUUCCUCGCAGCCGAUGAAGAAUCGAUUCGUCGCGGUCGAAUUCGACACGAGGAUGGAUGCCCAUUUCGACGAUCCUAGUGACAAUCAUGUGGGUUUGGAUGUCGAUAGCUUGAAUUCCAUCGCGACCGUCUCGUCGGAAUUCGAUCUGAAAAGCGGGAAAUGGUUCACCGCCUGGAUCGAUUACAAGAACGAUUUGCGUGUUUUGAACGUUUUCUUGGAUUACUCGGACACCGAGAAGCCAGAGAAGCCUCUGUUGUCUGUGAACAUCGAUCUUUCUCCUUUCCUGAAGGGUGAGAUGUACGUAGGGUUCUCCGGCUCAACGGAAGGAAGCACCGAAGUCCACUUGAUCGAGAGUUGGAACUUUCGGACAUCUGGGUUUGUCCCAUUGAGAUCGAAAUCCCAUCCUCAUAACGUUUCAGACAGCUCUGUGAUCCCGGAGAUACCCAUAUCUGGUUCCACCGGCAAGCACCAUCGAAAUCUCGGCAUUGCAUUUGGUAUCUCCGGUCCGAUUUUCUUCUUUCUGGCACUUUCUGUUUUCGGCUACGUAUCCUUGAAGAAAUGGAAGGGCGUGAAAGCAGAGAAGGAGAUGAAAACAGAUCUAAUAGCCGGACCAAGAGAGUUUAGCUACAGAGAACUGUAUGGAGCGACAAAAGGGUUUCACUCGAGCCGGGUCAUCGGCCGAGGAGCAUUCGGGAAUGUGUAUAGGGCCGUGUUCGUUUCCCUGGGCACGACUUCCGCCGUGAAGAGAUCCAGACACUCCCACGAGGGCAAGACCGAGUUUCUCUCUGAGUUAUCGAUCAUAGCUUGCUUGCGUCACAAGAAUCUGGUUCAGCUUCAGGGAUGGUGUUCUCAAAAGGGCGAACUCCUCCUCGUAUACGAGUUCAUGCCGAACGGAAGCCUUGACAAGAUUCUGUACCAGGAAUCCGAAACUGGAGCUGUCUGUCUUAACUGGUCACACAGGCUGAACAUAGCCACUGGGUUGGCUUCUGCUCUGUCGUAUCUCCACCAUGAAUGCGAGCAGCAAGUGAUCCACCGGGACAUAAAGACGAGCAACAUCAUGCUCGAUGCCAACUUCAACGCCAGGCUCGGAGAUUUCGGACUGGCCAGGCUGACGGAACACGACAAGAGCCCUGUCUCCACCCUCACGGCAGGAACGAUGGGUUACCUCGCGCCAGAGUAUCUCCAGUACGGAACCGCGACCGAGAAAACAGACGUAUUCAGCUACGGGGUGGUGAUUCUGGAAGUGGCGUGCGGGAGGAGGCCGAUCGAUAAGGAACCGAGCGGGCAGAAGACGGUGAAUUUGGUGGAUUGGGUCUGGAAACUGCAUGGCGAGGGAAGGAUCGUCGAGGCAGCGGAUAAGAGGCUGAAGGGUGCGUAUGGAGAGGAAGAUAUGAGGAAGCUAUUGCUCGUAGGGUUGAGAUGCGCUCAUCCUGAUAGUAACGAGAGGCCAUCGAUGAGUCGUGUGUUGCAGAUUCUUAACAAGGAGGUCGAGCCUUUGCCGGUCCAGAGGAUGAAACCGACAUUGUCAUUCACCUGCGGGUUGAGCCUUGAGGACAUUGUUUCAGAGGAAGAAGAAGAAGAAGAAGGAGAUGACAGUACUGUGUAACUGUAUAACAGCGUGUAUCUUCUUGAUUCUUUUGUGUUUUUGUUGGUUGUUUGAUUCGUUUCAUUCGUUUUGUAACACUCUGAUUUUUUUUUAGUUCAAUGCUGUCAAAUUGAACUUGUUAGGGUGUCUGAUUCACGAAAGCUUUCCGAUGAUUCAGGAAAGAAAAACCUUGUCUGAAUGGCUUUUGAUGCAGAACGAAAGUGAUUCAUCAGACAAACAAAAAACC